AUGUAUAUUGAUGACCUGGAUUUUGCCCAAAGAGAUGAUCUCCCUUGUCUUAGUGCCCACAAUGAGGAUGCAGAUUUGUGGCACAAGAGACUUGGUCACGUGAGUUCUUUACUAUUGAACAAGCUUGUAUCCAAGGAACUGGUCCAUGGAUUGCCAAAAGUAAAAUUCACUGAUGGUAAGAUUCAAAGUAGAAGUGGGAAGAAAUAUAUACUAGUUAUUGUGGAUGAUUAUUCUAGAUAUACUUGGACCAUGUUUUUAAGGUUCAAAUAUGAAACAUAUGAAGUACUGAUGAUAUAUGACAAAAUGAUUAAGAAGAAGCUGAACUGUAAAAUUGUAGGGAUUAGGUCUGAUCAUGGGACUGAGUUUGAAAAUGCCAAGCUUGAUAACUUUUGUGUUGAAAGUAGGAUUCAUCAUAACUUUUCAUCCCUAAUAACACCUCAGCAAAAUGGUGUUAUUGAGAGGAAGAAUAGAACACUGGACCAAGAUCUAGAUGUUAUUGAACCAGAACCAGUAGAAGAAGUCAAUGAAGAUGCUGAACCUGAAGUGGGACCUGGUCUAUUUGAAAACACUGCACUAGAGGAUAUUGUUCAACCUGAGAGUGGAAGUUUUGAGAACAAAGAUGAAGAAAAUGAUCAACAACAUCAACCCUCAACAUAUCAAUCAAGGUGGAAACAUAGGACUUCUCAUUUGCUUGAUAACUUGAUUUCUCCUUUAAAUUCUGGACUGCAAACUAGGUCCAAAACCAGAAAUCUAGUUGCCUUUUUAGAAUUUAUUUCAAGCAUUGAGCCCAAAAAUAUCAAGGAAGUCUUGAAGGAUGCUGAUUGGGUGAAUUCUAUGCAAGAAGCGUUGCAUCAAUUCGAAUAG